AACCAGUCAUUCCCAAGAUGGCGGACGAACAAGAAGGGGAUGAGAUCAGUAGCGAAGACGACAUUGCUUCAAAGGUCACUGAAUAUUUAGACGAUGUCGUAGGAACCAACAUAUCAAGCUUGAACAAUGUUAAAACCUUAAUGGAGGACACUUURAAGAAAGAAAAGGAGCUUAAGAAACGACUUGAAGAUGCCAAACACAAAACCCCAAAGCAAGUUCAAGAGGCACUGGAUGAUGGCAAGACAAGCAAGGAGAGUAUCAAAAAUUUUCAAAACCAGAGGAAAGAUAUCUUAGCAACAUCUGAGAAGAAAAUAGAUAAAAUUAAACCAUUAGCUGAGCAUCUAUCACACCUGGCUGACCAGAUAGCGGACAUUGAACGAUUUAGAACUUACAUUAGUUGGAUUCAAAAGCUAGAAGCUGUGAGUGAUGGUAUUCAAGAAAACCUAGAGUCUGGUCUGUUAGGGUCRGCAGUCCACCAAUUCUCUAUUCUAGUAGCAAUUACUAACUCACUUGAAGGUUCAUCUUGUGAAAAUCUCAAAGCUUUCUCCCAAGAAAUGCAAUUCUACUGGAAAAAGGUUCUUUUGUCAAAACUUUCAAGUGAGUUUGAGGAAGUCACUAAGGCACUCAAAUGGCCUUUCACAUCCUUAUCAACAGCCCCACCUCUGUCAACUACUUCAGAAGUUUAUCAAAAACUAGAAAGAUUAUUUAUUUUGCUUUUGAAAUUACAAGAUUUCAAAAAAUAUGAGAUAAGUAAUCAAAGUAAAGACACAGUGAACGAAAUUCUCCUUCCAAUUGACUGGCUUUUAAAACCCUUACGGAAACGAUUCAAGUUUCAUUUUUAUGGCAAGAAACAAACAAAUAACUUAGCAAAGCCUGAGUGGUUUUUCACCCAAAUACUUAACUGGAUCAAGAGUCAUGCAGACUUCAUCCGGCACACUGUACAACCUAUCUUGGAAAAAGCAGAUGUUGGAUUCAUUGAUGCUAAGUGUGAGUUCAUCCGAGGCCUUCUCAAAGUUGCCAUGGAGAAGAUGGAGCACUCCACUACUCUCCUUCUWUCAGACGAUGCCUUAUUUUCACAUUUUAUUGAUGAAACACUUCUGUUUGACCAAGAAAUCCAUAACCUUUACGAAUACUCUGCCAGUGACCAUCAGUGCUUGACAGUACUKACCAAACCAGAAUGUCUGGAAAARUGGCUURAUUUGGAACAGAAAUAYGCUGAUGAGAACYUGAAGUCACUACUGACAUCUGCAACAGCCUGGAAAGGGAAGUACCAAGAUAUUGGUGGUGAAGUUGAUGAUACAAGGACACCAGAAUGUGCCGAAGGAGUUAUAACACURUUAACAGUAAUUACUGAUCGUUACAAGAAUUUGCCCAGCUGUGAGGACCAACUAAAGUUUGUUGAUGUCCAGCUCGAACUCCUGCAAGAAUUUACCAACCAACUGAACUUUAGGGCAGAGGAAAACUGCUCAAACCCRUUAGACAGGAUUUUUCUUUCUGUGUUGAAUGCUGCUUAUUUUGUUACAUACAUAUUAGAAGAUUGGUCUGAACAAGCGAUUUUCUUGGAACUCAAUGAUCAUAAAACAACUAGUAGCUUAAAUUCAACAAGAGAAGAAGCCACAACAGGAUUAUUUGAUGAACGAAUSAGUGAAUUUAAAGAAUUAAAGACCCAUAUGAUGGAUGUUAUUGUGAAAAAUGUCAUMGAUGAUUUCAAAACAAAAUGCAAUACAUAUAAAAAAGAAAGAUGGCACAGCCUUCCAUCACCAAAAGAGUUAGCUGUGAUGUCAUUAUCAUCAAGUGCAUGUGAUUGGUUGAUGUUUUUAAAAGACCGUCUUAAGAUUCUUGAAGAACAUCUAGCACGUGGUUUAUUCUCAGCAUUGUGGCAAAAUAUUGCCGAGGCUCUUAACAAAGUCAUCUAUCAGAAGGUUAUUCUUGAGUGUCAUUUCAAUGAAGGUGGUGCAGCACAAUUACAGUUUGACAUAACAAAGCACCUCUUCACCUUAUUUGGUGAAUACACUUCMAAGCCCGAGAACUAUUUUAAAGAGGUCAAAGAAUCCUGUAUACUGCUGAACCAGUUACCAGGCUCYGCCAUACUAAUCAUGGAGGCUUUGAACAACGCCCAGUCAUAUGACGAUGUCACACCACAGGAAACCCUGAAUGAACUGGGAGUUUACAGACUUACAUCUCAAGAGGCGUUACGCGUGUUAAAUCUUAGAAUAAAUUGGCGCAAAACGUAAAAGAAAUAAUAUAAAAAGUCUUUUAUUGAGAUUUUAUAGAAUGAAUUUAUUAUGAAAUUAUACAAAGACAACUGAAAUUGUAUAUCAAAAGCUAUAAUUAUACUAUGACRUCAUUGCAUUAUAUAACAUCAUGGAUGUAUGAUCCAAUCUGUGAAUGACUGAUACAGGAUAAGUGGUAGACAAAAUGUUAACAACAAUCCCACCUUGUGAGAAACAUUUCAAUUAGAAACUGAACAUUUUUUUAAAACUACCAUUGUAUAUAAUGAAUGAAUUUCAAAAGUUCUAAGUGCCAAAUCACCUAAUUUUAAAUACAGUUUCUGAAAACAGUACUUAUUCCUACGUUAUACAAGCAAACGUGAUAUAAACUCAAUAAAUAUUCAUAUUCUA